UCGGAUCGACGAAUUGUUCAAGUAUUAUUGGUUUGCCUUCUUUGAACGAACCGGUCCCUGGGACGAUUGCAAUUCGCAACCCUACUACCUCCAAGAGCUCGAGUAGAGGAGCAGACAGCGGGCGCUCUCCUCUCCGUAUCUCUCCACCCUUGUGCCCAACUGCAGCGAGUUUCGGGGCAUUUUCAACCCUCUUCUUCGCUUUGGAGAAGUUUUUAAACCUCCCCUCUGAUCUGGAUGCAAAGGAGUGAAACCCGGCGUUUUCACAGCAGGAGAAGCUUCGAAAUCUGGGAUCACCUAUGUUCAUGAAGAUUUACUGUUAGCAGAGGAGGAAUGGAUGCCGCUUUUAGCACACAGAUAUUAACUGAGAAGCUAUCUAAACUCAAUAAUUCUCAACAAAGCAUUGAAUCUUUGUCACAUUGGUGCAUCAAUAAUCGGAAAAAAGCUCGACAGAUUGUUGAGAUCUGGGAGAAAUUGUUCAAUAGCUCUUCGAAAGAACAAAAGGUUCCUUUUUUGUAUCUUGCAAAUGAUAUACUUCAGAAUAGUAGGCGCAAGGGAAGUGAGUUUGUAAAUGAGUUCUGGAAAGUGCUUCCUGGUUCCUUAAAAGGUGCCCAUGAAAAUGGCGAAGAGAAUAUAAAGAACUCCGUGAUGAGAUUAGUGGACAUUUGGGAUGAGCGGAAAGUUUUUGGAUCUCGCGCUCGAGGACUGAAAGAUGAUAUCCUUGGUAAUAAACCACCUGCUCCACCUCUUUUGUCAGAAAGCAAUGGAAAGAAUCCGAAUCCCAUUAAAUUAGUAAGGAAAGAUGCUCAUUCUGUGAGAAUUAAACUAGCUGUUGGAGGCAUGCCUGAAAGAAUUGUAACUGCAUAUCAAGCUGUUCUAGAUGAGCAUUUUGAUGAAGACACGGCAUUGAACAAAUGCAAGUCUGCGGUUUGUGCUCUAGAGAAUAUGGAGAAAGAAGUUAAUGAUGUGUAUGUCCAGGGUAGUCAACAUGGAAUGUCCUUGAUGGUUGAGCUCAAAGAGCAGGAGCACGUUUUAAAACAUUGUAUUCAGCAACUGGGGCAAGUUGAAGCAACAAGGGCUACCCUGUUUGCUCAGCUGAAGGAAGCCCUGCAAGAGCAGGAAUCAAAGUUGGACCUUAUACGCUCUCAGUUACAAGUUGCUCAAAAAGAAGCAGAGCAUGCCAUCAACAUGAGGCAGAUGCUUGCAUCAAUACCUACCACUAUUGUCCCUUCUGCAUCUGUUAACUUGGCAUCCGUGCCGAUGGCCCCGCAAGUGGAGACCUCACUAGUAACACCACCCAUGCUACCAUCACACAACCAACAGCCAAUAACAUCUUCCAUGAAUGCCACAACCAGUGUUGAGGAUGAGCACAAAAAGGCAGCUGCUGCAGUUGCUGCAAAGCUUGCAGCGUCCACUUCUUCUGCACAAGUGCUCACAUCUAUCCUCUCAUCCUUAGUCGCCGAAGAAGCUGCUUCGAUGAAUGGAAGCCAAAGCUCAGGAUUCAUCACCUCUAGUAACCCCAUGCUUCCUCCAGACAAAAGACCAAAGCUAGAGAAGCCAAUGUCCAUUACAGAUAUGAACAGUAAAUUCUUCGGGCAUAUCACACAACAACAGCAACACCAACAUCAACUUCCUUCUCUUCCUCUUGUACUACCGCAAUCAUCUGCCACAAGCAUUCAGCCAAUACCACACAGUACUCAACCAUUACAGCCGUUCGCAACACAACCACCACCUCUGCCAUCCGCCCCUCCCCCACAAUCAAUGCAACCUCAAACUUAUAUGCAAAGCAGUGGAGUACUGAUGAAUUCUGUACCAUUUGGGUAUAAUGGUAGUCCUCUGCCACCUCCAUCUUUUCCUUCACAUGUAUCAGUAGGAAUGACAAGACCAAAUGCUCCAACACAACCACCACCUCCGGCCACACCGCCCCAACCAAAACAACAACAUCCUCAGCAGCAACCACCCACCGGCGGCUUUUUUCCUUCUGGGAUCGGAUUCUACGGGCAGCUUCCAGCCGCACCGCCAGUCCCGCGCCAAUGAUUUGCCCUUAGAAACGGUACAAAGUGCUAAGUUUCCAUUAGCUGUUGAGGCAGCUUCUGGUUGUUAAUCUACCAAAAAGUAAAGGUUUGCGUUGCCCUUUGAUCGAUAUCACUGGAUUUCUAGAUGUCUUGUUGUGUAGUUUUACAGUAGGCUUAAUCUUAUCUCACCUAUAAUAUUGAGUGUUUUGAUGUAUCUACGAUUUGUUAUAUCAGAUUAUUACUUCCAUGGAGCUGCUGGUUCUUCUUGCGAUGAUGCAGGUUUUAUGCUAAAGAGAAUUGAUAUUCGGUGUCGGAAUUGUAAAUUGUAUGAUAUAUUGAUAAUUGUAUGAAAUUAUAUCCAUGCAAUCAUUAUGAUUAUGAGGGUUUGAACAGUUUAGGAAA